AACUCCAACUUGACUCCAAUGCCAUUCUCCAACUCACUCCCGAGAGCUCAAGAUCAUCUCCUCCAUUCCUCUUCCUUUGCAUUUUUAUUCUCGACAUUGUCUAGAGUCUGAAGGAUGUCCAGAGUGAUGAAGUUGAACACCGGCCAAGAAAUGCCAAUCUUGGGCUUAGGAACCUGGCAUCACGGCAAAGAGAAAGGAGAAAUGGCCAAAGCAAUGAGCUUUGCCAUUAAAAAUGGUUACCGCCAUAUUGAUUGUGCCCACAUUUACUUGAACGAGACGGAACUUGGCGAAGAGUUUGACCGCAUAAUCGGUAAAGAUAUUCAACGUGAGGAACUCUUCAUUGCUGGCAAGCUUUGGAGCACUCAUCAUGAACCUGAAAGAGUGGAAGAAGGCUGUCGAAAUAGCUUGAAGGCCUUAAAUCUCGACUAUUUUGACUUGUAUUACAUUCAUUGGCCUGCUGCUUUUGAGUAUGGUGAUGGAAAUCUACCCAAGGAUGAGAAUGGACGAAUCCGACACAUUGAUGUGAAUCCCGUGGAUACUUGGAAAGCCAUGGAAGACCUCGUCAAGAAGGGUUUGGUCAAAGCCAUUGGCGUUUGUAACUUCAACACCAAACAGAUGAAGGAUAUCAUGGCCAAUGCCGAGACGAAACCUGCCGUCCUGCAAGUGGAAUCCAAUCCUAGAAUGCAGAAUGAAAUAUUAAGGAAGUUCUGCCAGAAGCACGACAUUGCCAUGAUUGGGUUCUCCAGUUUCGGAUCGCCAGAUCUACCGUGGGGAGAAAAGUUGCCGCAUAUCUUGAUCGACCCAAUUUUGACGACCAUAGCCGAGAAGCACAAACGAUCAACGGCUCUUUGUGUUUUGCGUUGGCAAAUUCAACGAGGAGUAGGAGUGAUUCCCAAGAGCGUGUUGGAAACCGAGCUAUUGGAAAACCUGAAGGUUUUUGACAUGGAAUUGGACGACGACGACAUGAGGCAGAUUGAGACAAUGGAUAAAAACAUUAGGAAAAUUGUUCCCAUUGUUACACUGAAGGAUGGAACCGUGGAAUUGCGGGACUUGCACAAUAAAAACAACGGAUUUACAUUUGAGGAAACCGAAGCCGAUGCCUUGAAUUGUGCAUAAGAUUUUACAUUUAAAUUUUUUACUCCUAUGCUUGGAAAUGUUUGAAAUAUUAGACGACGAUAAAAAGAAUGAGCCAUUACCUGGAAGGCUUAAUCAUCAACCAA